AUGACUGAAUUGGCAUCCAUCUUUUCGGAGCUGGGUAUCUCUCACUACCUCUACGACUUCAUCGAGCAGGGCUUCGACACCUGGGAAACGAUUCUCGACAUCACCGAGUCGGACUUCGAUGCCCUAGGCGUCAAGCUCGGCCAUCGCCGGAAGCUCCAGCGGAAAAUUGCCAAUUCUCGCGGCCUGUCAUCCGACCGGGCCCUCGCGUCUCCCCGAAACACCCCGAUCGAUGACCGGAACGUGGAGGAGCAGAAGACCCCCGGAGUCAAGGUCGAGGGAGGGAAAGAAGCCAACGGGUGUGCACCAGGCGUGAAACGGAAGUAUAGGCGACAUCCGAAACCAGACGAUAAUGCCCCCGAGAGACCGCCCUCCGCGUACGUGAUCUUCUCAAACAAGAUGCGCGAGGACCUCAAGGGGAGGAAUCUAUCGUUUACCGAGAUUGCGAAACUGGUGGGCGAGAAUUGGCAGAAUCUGUCGCCGAGCGAGAAGGAUCCGUAUGAACAGCAGGCCUCUGCAGCCAAGGAGCGAUAUAAUAACGAACUCGCCGAAUACAAGAAGACCGAACAUUACGCCGAGUACACGCACUAUCUGGCAGAAUUCAAGGCCAGACAUUCGAACCCGCAGCAGACGAGCGAACAAAACGAAGUGGCGAAGCGUCCCAAGCUUGAAUCUACUGUGAGCACUGCGACCCCCGGGACUGCAGGCAGCGGUACCACGCAACCGAUCCACGAUAGUCAUCCGUUCCACGAUAGUCCUCCUGGGCCGAGAGGAAUUGAGCCUCCAGUGUCCAACGCAGCUCCAUGGCACCCAGUCGACAGCCAACAAUCGUCUCCGCAAAUCGCCGCAAACAUGAAAGCGAGUUCGGGGGUUCCAAGUCCCCAGGUCUCUGCCGCGUCUCCCACGGUACUCCCAGGUUAUCGUGAUUCGAUAUACCCGUCGCUUCCCCGGAGAGACGGCCUGCGGGACGACAACGCCCCCCACCGUCAACAGCUUCCUCGAUUCCCGAGCGUGAAGGAUCGACAGAACAGCAUCUCCAACGGCACCACCCCGACGCCCGAUAGCCUCAAUCCGAGCGGAGCGCAACAGUUCGCGCACCGCACCGGCCAGAACCACCCGCCUCCGCUACUGACUUCGGAAUCGACGAACCGAUCUACGGCCUCAGCUUCCUCGGGUAGCACAGUGUCGUCCGUCUUCUACUCUCCUCGCACGCCGAUGGAGCCGUCCUUGGAGCGAGCACUCCCCAUUCCGUCAUUGUAUCUCCAAAAAUCAAAUGGCUCCUUGGAGCACCAGCUACCACCUAUACGACGCGGCUCCCCCCAAUUAGCACAUGGGCCACAGCCUCCUCCGACUGCCACUCACCCAUUCGGGGACUUCUCCUCGUCGAUGCCUCCGAUGCGAGGGUACGUUUCAAUCGCAACGCACCCUCUACCUCCCUACAGCAACAGCCAUUCCGACUACAGAGGCCGAGACUACACGUCUGGCCCUUCCAAUGACGACACCAUCCUCGACCCUGUCAGCGCAUUACUCAGAGCAGGCGAGAUCGUCAACCAAAACAGCAGAGGCCGCUCCGAUCCCUGA